GUCGGCCAGCGGACAUGCCCCGAAUCUGUGGAGCUAUCGACUGGAUGUUCAACCGCUGGCACCGCCCUCAUUGGUGGCGCCGCGACAGGAGGCUUCGCCUCCACGUGCGCGCGGUUAUCCCUGUGUGCAAGCAGCCGUGCUGCGGCAGAAACAAGUUUCUGCGGCAGCACCUGCAGCACCCCGCCAAGCACCUCAGUUGCCUCAACCAGACCAGGCACCCCAGGCCACGCCGGCUCAAACGGCAAGACCCGUUCUCCUGCAACCUCGUCCUGGGGAGCAACCCACGCCAGCUCAGGCGACCAGAUCCCUCGUCGUCCCGGUGUCUCAGCAUCCACUUCAUUCAGGGCCGCCACAGACGCCACAGCACCCAGCAAGCCGGCUGGUGCAGCCCAUGGGACCUUCUCCGACGCCACAGGCCCCAGCUACUCCAGCUCCACCCACGCCGGCGCUCCCUCCGAGAGGCAUGCAGACGCAGCCGCCUUUGAUGCCUCUGCCGCAGUUCGACCAGAAACACCCCCCCGCCCUCACACCCAUCUGCCCGCCGCCUCCCGUGGAGAGCCAGCAGCUUUCGCGCCACGCCUCCGCACCACUGCUUCCGGCCCCUGCCGGAGUCGCCGUGGCGUCCCCGACACCGGAGACGUCGCGGGCGCCUGCUGUCGUCGGCACUCCGCUUGUCUGCGCCGUGCCCGCCUCCGCUCGCUACGAGACGAUGCAUGUCACCACCCGGCUGUCACGGGUGUCAUUGACUGACUCGGUGUCGGGAAUACGGACACCGGUUUCGGCAAGGUCCUUCGGCACGCCGCCGGCCGGAGGCGUGCGCUCACCACGGACUCCCCUGACGGCACGAUCUGCGAAGAUCGCCUCGCCUAUGUCGCGGCGCAUGGAAGAGCCGCAGACGCCGGAGCCAAACCCACGUUACCUCGCGCCGGCUACGCCCUUGCGAGCGUUUGCCACUGCAGCAGAGGAGGGCCAGGGAGGUCCCUGCGCAGGCGAAACCUCCCCGCAGAAGCCGCCUAUCAAGGUCUUCAGCGAACGCCUCCUGCGAAAAGAGGACACAAUGCCCCCGAUGCCCACCGGGGCUGCCCCAGUUGUAAUCACGCUGCCUCGGGCCGAGUCGAAGAAGGCAAAGAACCCGGUGCCGGCACGGGCCACGGUCCCCAUGCAGGGCUGCAGCAGCGCGAACGGGAGCGGGCCCAAUUCGCCGAUCCUCUCUGCGCAGCGCGCCCCUUUGUCUCCGAGCUCCGGCGUUCGAGCGGCGAUCAUCCCCGGCCGCGCCAUCGCCGUGCGGCCGCCGCCCUCCACGCCGCCGAGGGAGCACCGCAAGGUCGCUCUUUGGCCAGUUGGCGGCAGCUCGCGGCCCGUCUCGCUCUUGAGGGGCGCCGGACCUGCCCUGGUGCGGCCCCUCGAGGAUCCUCGCAGCUCCAUGGGCGCGGUUCUUCGAAGCCCAAAGGAAGGCGAUGUGGCGAGGCCAGCGUCGCCAGAGAGGCUUUCGCCGCCGGCAAUGCCUUCCUUGUCGGCCCCGGUGGUUCGACCUGCCUCACCAAACAGGCUUUCCCCGGCCGCAACCGCACGCAUGCCGUUGAUGAACCCGAGCCCGUCAAUGUCGCGUCUCGCUUCCCAGACGUCCCUGACCAGUUUCUAUUCCGACCGAGGCGACUUGCAAAGAAGGCCCGGCACCGUGCGAGUGCCUGCGCCUUCUGCUUUGCUUCAGCGUGGCGUGCCGCCGGACAGGUGGGGCAUCAGCCUCGACCAGCUCUGCGAGAUAGAAAACGAGAAACACUUCUCGGUCCAGCAAACCACUCGAGAGGUUGUGGCACAUGUGCUCUGGCCCAUGACGAUCGGCAAGGGCAUAGGCUACGCCCUCCUCCGGAACUCUGCGAGCCCGCUUCAGGCAGCCAUCCUGGUUUCGCACGCCUGGGACGAUGCUUUCACGGAUCUGCUGUCGGCGCUGUCGGUCGCAGAGCACCAGGGCGUCAUGUGGGUCGCGUCGACAGCCUUGUACCAGUCAGAGGAGGCCAUCUCCCAGAUCUUGUGUGAGCCCUCGGUGCUGCUGAAUCCGGUUCUUCGAAGUGCCGACUGCAUGCUGUGCGUUCUGUCCACAAACAUCGAUGUCUACGAGCGAUUGUGGUGCUUGUUCGAAAUGUCCGCGGCAGUCGACUUGGGGCUGGAGGUGAACACCACCCAGAAGCCCAAGGGGCGCAGUGCGUGGUGCCUGGACGAAGCAUUCCUCACCGCUUGCGCAAAGCCGGUGGACUCCCGCUCUGCACGCUGCGGUCCCGCUUCGGCAUCGUUCUCGCGGGACGAGCAGGCCUUGCGCCGACAAAUCGAGAACUCGAAGGGCUUUGACGAGAUCGACACGGCAGUGGAAAUGGCUCGCCUGCAUGCUCUGACAAAGUUUCGGGACCGGCUGCUCGGCGGUGGCUGGAGCACAACGGGCAUCGGAAAGCAAUACCAGGACGUCAUUGGCGAUCUUUGUGUACGCGUCGGCGUCCACCAGCCCAUGCCUACGUCGAGGCCGAAGAAUUCGAUGCAGAUCAGUCAGUUCUCGCCGAUGCCUACCAACAUCAAGCAGGAGCUUACGCCCCGGACCGGCUUCCGACAGCAUUGGGGCAAGAUCACCACACUUUGA